AUGGAAAUUCUCGCCCCAUCGUCCGAGUUCAUAUCUCCUCGACUAUCAACAGAACCGACAAGAACCCCUUCGUCAGCACUGUAUGCAAAACGCAGGGAGCGAAUUCCUUCAGAAUCGGCAUCUAGCAAAUUGUUCGCUCAGAACGGCGUUACCGAAUCGGUGGUGCCGGUUCCGACUGGCAUGAAAGCGCCCGUCGAACGCUGCCCUCCCGCUCGGCUCGAUAUUGGCUUUCUUCCCCUCCCUCCCAUUCUGGCUUCUCCAAUAUGCACCCCUACAGCGAGCAGCACCUGUUCGCAGGAGGUCGAAAGAGAAGAGCAGGUCGGUAUGGACACGACAAAUCGCGUUUCUGUACGGGUUACCCUUGUUUCGACCGCCACCCCCACGUGGGUAUCCACUCCCCCUACACCUCCCAUGAAGUCAGGACGUCACUCCGGCGCUCUGUCAAUAGAAGGAGCAAAAGCGCCCACCGCUUUGUUUGCACCUUCGGCCUCGUUCCCAGCCUCGAUGCACGCACAUGCGGGACGGGAUCAGGGACCUAGGGUGAAGAAAUGUAUAUCUGUUCCUAACCUGAUCGCCCAUAACCGAGCUGCCUCUGAAUUCCCUCCAUUGGGGUCCAUCCAACCCUCCACUUCCUUCCCGUGCCGUUUGCGCUCCCUCUCUCAGCCUAUGGUCUUUGACAUCGACCACGGCCGCUCCGCUCCUCAUCCAAAGCCUAUAUUCUCUCUUCACAACUGUAUUACCGACAAUGACGACGACAGCGCCGAUUCCCCCGAGUCACGACCACAUAGUCUCAACGAUGACACCAGUCCUGACGGUAGUUGGAGUGACUGCGGACCAGCGGAAAUCUGGGAGGAAGAAGAGAGGAGUAAAGAUGCAGCGAGGAGAUACCACGCCCUGAAGGAACUCCUUUCUACUGAGCAUGGCUAUGUAACUGACCUGAGGGCCUUCGUAACGAGCUAUUUGCGCAACCUGCCCACUCUCGCGCAACGCGCCCCCGUAUUUAACUCGACAUUCGGGCGAGCAUCAGCCUCCUUUUCUUCGGGUCCUUGGGCCCACUCCUACACACAACUCCAUGCCCUUGCGUCUCCAAGUCCUAUGCCAGAAUCCCAAGUUCUAAAUUCGCCGCUAUCCUCCAUCAAAGACAUCCAUCGAAGCAGCACUCGUUACCUUUUUACGGACAAUGAACUGGAACUUGUUAUCCGCAACGCCGAAGACCUUCUGCAACUCCAUGAGCACUUCCUCAAAGAGUUGACGACCAUUGCCUUGUCUAUGGGGAUUAGCAUGGAACAUUCAGAUCAGCCACCCUCCCCAGUGGUUCUCAGUAAUAUCGACAACGCAAUCCGGGCCGUCUCUGCCAAGUUCGCUACCGAAGCCUCGAGGUUUAACGCAUAUCAAUCGUUUUGCGCUGGCCAUCUUGAAGCCCUCGACCUGGUCAGGAAGGUUUCGCAGCAGCACGCAGCAGAAUGGGAGGCCUUCGAGCAGCGCUGUUCGAUCAUGAUAUCAGACCUUGAAGCCGGGAAGGUGGCGGAAUCGGAGCCCAAAUCUCAUCAAAAUACCCAAGUCGCAGAGGACCGGAUUCGCACCCUUUCUCUGACAUCCCUGGAUGGUGCCGUACGAACGCUUCGCCUUCGUUGCCCUACCAAGGAUAGCGCCAAUGCAGCCUUGGAACAUAAACGGGAAGCACCGUCCCCACGUCGCAUCUCAUUCGUCGACUAUAUGAUCAAACCCAUACAACGGAUCUGCAAAUACCCCCUCCUAUUCGACCAAUUACUGUCGCACAGGUCCCUGAAGCCUAAUUUUACCCGACCACGGGCACGCUCAUGCGAUGUCGAUGUUGUGGUGAAGAGUGCAUCGCAGGCUAUGCGACAUGUCGCUUCGUCGGUAGAUGAAGCUCGACAUCGGCAAGACGCAGCCAUGCAAUCGGCUCUCAUUGCCUCGCGCAUGUUCCUUGGGGGCCAGAUGCUUCUUGCAUCAAGCGAUCCCUCAAUUCAGACCCUGACUCCCGAGUUCUUGUCUUCUUUGGGAAGUUGCUUGCUUGCUGGUCCUCUCGAUGUCAUGCAUCACCACCCCCUUCGCCCCUUGGAAAGCAUCUCGAACUUCAAGGCGAAAUAUUUGGGCGCUUUCCUUUAUCCCGGAGGGUACUUGAUAUUGGCGAAGGUCUUCAAAGGCAGGAAGUACGAACCAAAGCACUGGUUCUCGCUCGCUGAAUUUACAACGUCAGAUGUAGAAGAGGGAGAAGCUAUCCUGCCAUAUUCUAUCCGUGUCUCUUGCGGCGAGCAGCACUUUGAAUUGGCGGCUUCUUGUCACAGGGAGAAGGUCAUCUGGCUCAAGGCUCUACGAGAAUCCAUGAAACAUGAGGUCGAAUGGACCAACGAACCGACACCCAGCUUCAAGUUCGAUGAGAAGGGCGGGUUGAUUUCUUCUCUCCAUUCGGAACCCGAGAUAUCCACAGGCUUGCCCACCAUCCAAUCAAUCCCCGAGAUGUCGAAAGCCACAUCGGACACGGAGUUAUCGGAACCAUUCCUUGCCUCCCUGAGGAGCUCUUCAAAGUCCAAGACGAAACUCCGGCGUUACGAACCUCCCUCCAGGCCCGAAUUCUCACCCUCUACUAGUCGACGCUCUUCCACAACGUCAGUCAAGAGUAUAUUCGGCCCUAUCGCAUCGGAUCCGGAGACAAUCGUCAUUCGUCGAUCUUCCCCUGUGGCUCGACUGCAAGUGGAUCAGGCAUUGCAAGACGUCAUAUCCCCAUCCUGCGUUAACGCGAGGAUGUAUGCGUACAGCCGUGACGAAGAGCUCUUUCGGGGGACUUCCAAUUUAGGCGGGACAAGAUCGAAGAGUCGCCUAUCCAAGCAUGAAAGCAUUCGAGUUCCUCGUUCGAGGACCACGGAUAGUCUGGAUAGCCUUCCUUCCAGGUCCCCCCGCAAGGGGAAUUUAGCAUCGCGCCGAAACGCGAAGGGUUUAACCAUUACGCCCAUUAUUCCUGUCCAUCCUAUCGAGGACGAGAAGCCACCGCUUGCCUCACCUCCCGAAGUUCCCUCGUCGGCGCCGUCGUCAUCGCAGUCUCACAAUCCUCCUUCACUGGUACACACAGACACCAGCUCCUCCACCGCCUCCGGGCUUUUGACACCUCCGACUACCAGCAGCAAUGAAAACACGCCGCAUAAAUCGUCCAGGUCCCUGGUUCGCGGCGUCAAAGAUCUGUUUCAUUUCCGACCCUCUCCUUCCCCAACAGCAAACGUUCAUUCAAAUUCUUCUGUUAGGGCACACGAGCCCUCCGCAUCUCAUCAAGGCUCCGGCGUGCUUCAUCGUUGGACUAUGGAUACCAUUCGCCGACGACCGCGCAGUGUCCCUGAACCCCUUCCAGAACACACUCCUGACUCGUUCGGCAGCUCUUUCGUGCGACAGGCGGCUGCUGCAUAA